AUGUCGACGGUGAUUACAGCUAUAUUAUGCUGGCUUUUCAGUGAAGACUUCAGAAACAAUAAGAACAACAUCACCUUCACGAAUGACCAUAAUAGAUCGUGCUAUUACAAAAACGGCCUGCACUCGUUUAAUCAGGUGAAGAAGUUGGAACACGAUGAGAAGUGGGUGAAUUUUGCAAUGAUUCGUGAACCACAAGAGCGCUUCAUCAGUGGAUUUAUGUUCAUGUGCACACCGAAUAACACAGUCAAAAGUACAUGUGAAGGUUGCAUUGAUGACAUAGGAUGUGCUCUCCAGACAGCGGUCAGUCGAGCUCGAAGAUUUGCUGCCGGAGACCUCUCUGCGGAAUCGUACCUUCUAUGGCACCUUGGACCACAGAAUUGGCGGUGUCAAUUCCAGAAGAAUAUGGAUAGUAUACGACAAUUCAAGUAUUCUCCUCACGAUCGAAAAAAGAUGCUGUUAGAUCUCACGGCAGUGCUAAAG